AUGGCACAGCCCAUGGCGGCCCUUCACAGCGAUCAUUCGGCACAUAUCGCUGGAUUUACUGCCAUUGCCAUCGCGCUGGUAUUCUGGAGCCUCUAUCGUUAUUGGGUCACCUCCGACUUGCGUCGCAUACCACUGGUCGGCAAAAAGCCAGGCUACUUCGGCUUCGAUUUGACGGCCGUGAAGAAGGACUUUGCGAAGAACGGGAGGAAAAUUCUCUAUGAUGGAUACAUCAAAGCAAGUCACAUUUGCGGCCUAUAG